AGAAGAAGAAGAACUGUUUGAUUUUUUUUUUUUUUUUGGCCCUGAAAUGUACUUAUUCAUUAAAACUCCGCCUUCCCCUUUCAGUAGAAACCAUGCAUUUCCUACUUUUAUGCUGCCUAUAUGUUUGAUUUGCACAACUCAGCUAGCCAGAGCAGCUGAGACAUCCGUUCCCCUACAAGAACCCUCCUGCGUCGAGCAAAAUGGAUUACCAAGCAACGAGCCCCUACUAUGACAUUGAAUAUGAGCUGUCGGAGCCCUGCCAGAAAACCGACGUGAGGCAAAUCGCAGCCAGGCUCCUGCCUCCGCUCUACUCACUCGUGUUCAUUUGCGGCUUCGUGGGCAACCUACUGGUCGUCCUCAUCCUCAUCAACUGCAAAAAGCUGACGGGCAUGACUGACGUCUACCUGCUCAACCUGGCCACCUCCGACCUGCUCUUCCUUUUCACCCUCCCCUUCUGGGCCCACUAUGCCGCCAACGGGUGGGUCUUCGGGGAUGUGAUGUGUAAGACGGUCACCGGGCUCUAUCACGUCGGUUACUUUGGCGGAAACUUCUUCAUCAUCCUCCUGACCGUCGAUAGGUACCUGGCUAUCGUCCACGCUGUGUUCGCUUUAAAGGCCAGGACGGUCACCUUUGGGGCGGUGACAAGCGCGGUCACCUGGACGGCGGCCGUGGUCGCCUCUCUGCCGGGGUGUAUCUUCAGCAGAUCCCAAAAAGAGGGUUCUCGUUUUACGUGCAGCCCUCAUUUUCCAUCCAAUCAGUAUCAUUUCUGGAAGAACUUCCAGACACUGAAGAUGACCAUCUUGGGCCUGGUCCUGCCCCUGCUCGUCAUGAUCAUCUGCUACUCCGCCAUCCUCAGGACCCUGUUCCGGUGUCGGAACGAGAAGAAGAAGCACAGGGCCGUGAAGCUCAUUUUCGUGAUCGUGAUCGGUUACUUUCUCUUCUGGGCCCCCAACAACAUCGUCCUCCUGCUGAGCACCUUCCCGGAAUCCUUUGGCCUCAAUCACUGCAGUAGCUCCAACAGACUGGACCAAGCCAUGCAGGUGACGGAGACCCUGGGAAUGACGCACUGUUGCAUCAACCCCAUCAUCUACGCCUUCGUCGGGGAGAAGUUCAGAAGCUACCUCUUGGUGUUUUUCCAAAAACACAUCGCCAGGCGCUUCUGCAAACAUUGUCCUGUCUUCCAGGGAAAGGCCCCCGACAGAGUGAGCUCCGUUUACACCCGAUCCACCGGAGAGCAGGAAAUCUCUGUCGGCUUGUGACCUGGACCAGGUGUUUGUACACAGCCUAGGGGCGGGAGUGACCCUUUUAAAAGGGAAGUUACUGUCAUAGAGGGCCUAAGAGUCAUCCGUGCACUUGGCAUCUAUCCCACCUUUUAAGCCCGUCACGUCUGGAAAGCCGAAUCAAUAUAUGUUGAUGACAUAGCAAACCCCCUCACCUCCCCUCCACGCACAACAACUUAUUGGCAAACUCUUCCUUUGCUGCAAAAAUUUCGUUAUAAAAAAAAAAAAUCCCGAGAACUGCUAAUUCUUGAGUUUGGUGACCCAAACAGGAAUAACAAAACCAAUCAAGAUGCAUAUUGUACGGUUUCUGAUCUGCUCGAGGUAACAGGUGCAGGUUGUAAGUGCGCUGAAAGCAGGUGCUUGUGGGUGAUCUGUUAAGAAACGAGCUCUUCCAAGAGCGAUCUCCCCUCCAGGGUGUGGUUGGUAAGUUCCACAGGCGAUCAGGACCGGGUGAGAGCUGCGAAGGCUUCUUCAGGGAGAAGGGGAGAGGGGAAGAAGGUUAGCUCCAGGCCUGCAGGCCCCGCACAUGCGCGGGGCGGCUCUGCGGUGGGGGGUUGGCACUGGCUGGGGAAAGGCAAGGCGAGCCCGGACCAUAGGGAGCG